CUUUGGAAACAUAGCUCAACGUGGCCAUGGAAAGCAACGAACCCUACAGCUUGUAAAGCCAUGGCCAUUCACGCCUACAAAUACGCAGCAAACCCAUGGUUUUUCUACCUCCAGCAGAAGACUAGAGCACUUGCAACGCAAGCCUGACUUCACAGCUGCCUGCCUAGUUUCUCGCCCAUGGCGAGGUCAAGUAGUUACGGCCUUGGGCUUGCUUGCUUCGCCGUCGCUGUUGCCGUCGCCGGCGCAACCCAGUUCACCGUCGGCGGCGCCAAUGGCUGGAGCGUCCCCGGCGCCGCCGCGGAGCCCCUCAACACCUGGGCGGAGAGGACCAGGUUUCAGGUCGGAGACUCGCUAGUGUUCGUGUACCCCAAGGACCGGGACUCGGUGCUGCUGGUGGAUCCGGCGGACUACAACGCCUGCAACACGUCGUCGUACGUGAGGAAGUUCGCCGACGGCGACACCGUGUUCACGCUGGAUCACUCCGGCGCCUUCUUCUUCAUCAGCGGCGUAGAGGCCAACUGCCGCGCCAACGAGAAGCUCAUCGUCAUGGUCCUCGCAGCCGGCCGCAACGAUACCGGCGGCGGCGCCGCGCCACCUCCGCCGACCGCUGCAGUGCCUCCGCCGGCGUCGACGUCUCCGCCUCCGCCGACCGCUGCUGCGCCUCCGCCGGCGUCGACGUCUCCGCCUCCCGCCAGCUCCGCCACCCCGCCGCCGCCGUCGUCGGCCGCCGCGUCGCCGCCGCCGCCCGCCCCCCGCGCGUCAGCUCCGGUGUCGUCGUCGACGCCGCCGCCGUCCGCCCGGGCCGGCGCCCCGGAGGCACCGCCGGCGCCCUCGGCGAGCUCUCCGGCUCCGAGCGCGCGUGGAACGACGCCGGCGAACUCGACGGGCACGCCAUCGCCGCCGCGUCCCGCCGGCUCCAAGGACAGGAACGGCGCCGCCCUCGCGGUAGCCUCGGGCCUCGCCAGCUCGCUCGGGGCCUGCGCCCUUGGCUACGCCAUGCUCGCUCUCUGAAGAAUCAAGAAAGUGAAGUGAAGCUGAUAGAACCACUGACCUACUGGCCCAACCAACGAGCUGAAAAACUAAAUCGAGUAAAUGUACAUGUAAAGACGACGCGCGAUUUGUACAUGCUCUUGCAAAUCUUUGUACUACCAUUCGUUUUCCACCGGAUGAAUAAGAAAAAUGAAACGAUUCAGGAACAA